AUGCCAGAACACCUCACUGUCACCGCCAUUCUCAGUGGCAUGGCAGACGCUCUCCCUACACAUCCUCCCAGCGAUAACUCAUCGGAUCUCGCAUCGUCCUACGAAGCCAUCGCUCUCCUCAUUCAUUCCUACUUAGCCGCCCUUGGAUUCAAACUUCAAAGCUUUGACGAGGACAAGAAACUACCAAUAGCUAAAUACGAAUCGUUGGCCCCUCGCCUACCGCCACAAUGGAACUCGGGUUUUGGCUCUUAUAGCUUUUUAUACUCGCACAAGCAGUCAUCCAUGACUUUCAGCAUCCGUGUCAAUCCCAUGGGUAAAAAGGUCGAGAUCCUGGGACUGGCGGUUGGAGAUGACAACAUUCAUCGUUUUGAGCGAUCUAUUGGCGAAGUCGUGAAGUCUAAUGAACUCCCCAUUAGCAUUACAAUUAAGGACAAUGAGGAAAAUCAAAGUGAUCUUGCUGAAAAGCUUCAGGGCUUAUUUACCUCGGAGCAAGCCAUCGCUGAUAUACUUCAUGAUCUCAAAGUCCACAUCAUCCAGAAAUUAAUUCCUAAGCUUCGAAGCGAAGGUUAUGUCGAGCCCGCUGAAGCAGAAGUCAACACGCGCUCCGAGCGCAGGGCCCAUGUAGCGCAGGGCCCUAACCGACCUCGCCAUGGUGAUCCCAUAUUAAACUACUAUAUGCUCCCGCCUCCAGCGAUUCCACGCCCUGAGAUGGCCCGUCCUCGACCUCAUCAAGUAGGCGACUUUCCCCCUCCAGGAUUUGAGGAUGAGUAUGAAAUGAACCGGCCUUCACGAAGCGGCCUUCAAAUGCCCGGUAAACCGCCUUACAAUAUUGGCCACGAUGACUUGAAUCCGCUCGGUCUUGGCCCCCAUGAUCCUCUUCGUGGUUCGUUCACCGGUGGGUUACCUCGACCCGGUGGUGGCUCGAUUAUGCAUCCCACCUUUGAUAACCCAUUAUUUGGAGGUCAAGGAGGCGAUGAAUCAUCCGGCUUCGAUCCUCAAGUGCCGCCUGGAGCGCGAUGGGAUCCCACUGGCCCUGGUGGAAACCCAAGAUUCCCUGGUCCUAGUAACGGAAGGGGAAGCAAUCCAUUUGGCGGAGACAUCAUUUAA